CCACCGCCGACUCCGGCCACGGCGGCGGCGGCGGCGGGGUGCUGCUGUCCGACGUCAGGAGGGAGAUCUACGACCGCCUGCGGGCCGUCGGCAACCAGGAGGCGCUCGCCGACCCCUUCUUCAACCGCGUGCUCGAGGACAACUACCAACGCCUCCCGCCAAGGUCCGUCCUUUCCGCCCACCCCCCGUCCACGCCCGCGUUUUCACCUCACCAACACCUCUCUCUCUGUUUGUCUGUCUGUGUCCGCGCCCACCGGGGAUGCAACCACUACAUCGACCUCGACGUGAGCAUGGAAGCCAGGGAUCCCCCACAAUUACCGUUUUGAUUUGGAGCCAGAGGUUUGUCCUGCUGAAGGAAUCGGACGUGGAAGACGGGACGGUUGUCGUGGUCGGCGCACUCGGCGAGGAUCCGGCGAUGGAGCAGCACGUCCUCCGCCUUGUUCACCAGCGUUCCUGCGUGGCAUAGUUCUGUAAGAAUUGUCAAAAGCUCAAAAGCGAAUGUUAGAAGCCUGGAGAAUGAGAAGACUGAUGGAACGGGAGCUUGACAGAAGGUCAAAUGAUUGGUCAGCCAGGCUGGCAAGAUUUCAAGCCGAAGAACAGCGACUACGGGAUAGAGUAAUGGAGCUAGCAGAGCAGAAUGUGUCAUUUCAGAGAGAAGUUACUUUGUUUGAAUCGAAACGAGUUCAGGCUUCUAACAAGAUCAGAAGUUUGGAACUGCAAAACAAACAACUGAAUGAUGAGAUGGAGAAAGUUAAAGGUAAAGUUGGUGUCCUGAAGCAGCUAUUUGUUAACACAGACCCAUUGUCAAUACCAGCUGCAGUUAUGAGGGCUGGGCUAUCACUUUCAUUAGGCAGGAAGGCAUGAAUUCAACGGCGAAAACUUCUAUCAGGAUGGGGUCCCUCUAGGCGGGAAGGCAUGGACCCAACAACA